GAAGGCAGUUGGUGCAGCUUGUGUGUGAUUCCUAACGUCAUGUUGGCUGAGAGCCAGCCUGGUUUUAUUUCACUGUGUCAAAUUGUACCUCCUUAUUGAAUGCCUUUGCCAGCCUACUUUGUGAAAGAAAACAUUGGGGUUUCUUUGGCUGUUCUUGAUAAGCCUAUAAAAAAUGAUAUGUUUUAGUUGCUUCUAGUUGCUGAAGUAAAGGAACCCUGCAGCCUCCCCAUGCUAUCUGUUGACAUGGAAAACAAGGAAAAUGGCUCUGUCGGUGUAAAAAAUUCCAUGGAGAACGGGAGGCCACCCGAUCCUGCAGACUGGGCCGUGAUGGAUGUCGUCAAUUACUUCCGAAUGGCAGGAUUUGAGGAGCAAGCUAGUGCAUUUCAGGAACAGGAAAUUGAUGGAAAAUCCCUGCUACUGAUGACAAGAAAUGAUGUGUUGACAGGACUUCAGUUAAAACUGGGGCCUGCUCUGAAAAUCUACGAGUAUCAUGUAAAACCUCUGCAGACAAAGCAUUUAAAGCACAACUCUUCCUAGUAGUCAAAUUGGGGUCUUGGACCUCAAAAAAUACAUAAUGACAGAAUUUGGUUUCAUGUGAUGAAACUUUGUAAACAGAAUACAUACAUGUGUAUAUGUAAAGAAUUUCAAUCAAAUGAAACGUUAUCCUAUGGGAUAGACUAGGCAAUCCAUCAGCUAACCUGAACUCAGCCAGGAGUGAGGACAUGUGAACAGGAUGGCUUACCUUGUUGACCUAGUCAAAUAGAGUGGUCUUUGAUGAGAUUAGAUACCCUUCCCCACAAGGAGGGUUUUCUUCAUAGAUUACUUUCCCAAAUUCCUUGAAAAAAGAACUGAAUGGAAUGAGCAUCUUCCAGUUACAGGUGUAACUGACUGAAACAGGGAAGAUCAAAAGCAAGAAAACUUGGGGAGGGGGAUAAAAGAGAAAGGGAUUGCAUCUCCCUUGAAGUCCUCUGCUCCUUAGAGCUUGUGUUAUUUGGAUGGAAUUGCCAACACCCUUUUUUAUAGAGGGUCCUCCACUUGACCUUAUUAAGGUUUCACUGGGAUAUGCUGCCAUGUUGGAAAUGGACGUACAUCAUGGCCCCUUUAGGAGCAGAACUGUAGCUCUGGAAAGAGAAACCCUGUUGUGUUUUGGGGAUAUCCAUCUAUCUUCAGUUAGCUUUCAUUGGGGUUAAUGGUAUUUUCUGCAUAGAUCUGCUUUUAAAUUGGUUCUCUGUUUCUGAAGAAGACUUUUUUUUUCAUAUUAUGGUUUGUAUUUAUAAUUGUUUCUGAAGAAAUUUGCCAAGAGUUAUAGAUCAAAAAGCCUUGUUACCAGUACAGAAUAUUUUUCUAUAUAUAUAUUCCUUCAUGAUGGUGUAAUAUUUUUUUAAUUGCUCCAAUGCUUUGUUUGAUUUCUGAUUUGAGUACUUGUUUUUAAGAACUUGAAAAAGUGGGCUUGCUCCAUCUCUGUUCAAAGAGACAUUUGUUCAGUCUCUGUGUGUCAAUGCCAUAUUGAACUGGUGCUUUGUGGUCACAAUAAAGCAUUGCUUAAGUUUA